CAACAAGGGAUUUUACACAGCUACUCAGGAGAAACGAAAUGAUCUGCCCUGGAGCCGCAGCAAAAUGCUGGAUGGACACCUACUCCUGGGAUGGUUAUCGUUCACAGUUAUAGUGUAUCUUCUCAACUUGCCUGGACCAACCGCAGCAUAUUUCGGGUUGACAGGUAAUGAACCGUUGUCUAUCCUGCCACUGAACUCUUUACCAGAGGAGAACGUGGGCAGGGCCCACUACAAGCUGUGCGACCGGCUCAAACUGGAAAAGAAGCAGCGCAGGAUGUGCAGACGAGACCCGGGCGUGGCGGAGACCCUGAGAGAGGCCAUCACCAUGAGCGCCCUAGAAUGCCAGUAUCAAUUCCGCUUUGAGAGGUGGAACUGCACCUUAGAGGGCCGACACCGAGCCAACAUACUAAAAAGAGGAUUUAAAGAGACAGCCUUCUUGUAUGCCAUCUCCUCGGCGGGCCUGACCCACGCAAUGGCCAAAGCUUGCAGCGCGGGACGCAUGGAGCGCUGCACGUGUGACGAAGCCCCGGACCUGGAGAACCGCAAGGCGUGGCAGUGGGGAGGCUGUGGAGACAACCUCAAAUACGCCAACAAGUUUGUCAAGGACUUCCUGGGCAAACGCUCCAACAAGGACCUGCGUGCACGCGUGGACAUGCACAACACAAAUGUGGGCAUGAAGGUAAUCAAGGCCGGAGUGGAGACCACUUGCAAAUGCCACGGCGUCUCCGGCUCCUGCACCGUCCAGACCUGCUGGAGGCAGCUCCUGCCCUUCCAUGAGAUUGGCAAGCAGCUGAAGCAGCGCUACGAGACCUCCAUUAAGGUCGGCAGCUCCACCAACGAGGCCACGGGGGAGGGAGAGAUCUCCACAGGGCGGAGCCAGCAGCAGCAGCAGCAACAGCAGCAGCAGCAGCAGCCCCUGCCUGGCCUGAACGAUCAGAUCCCUCGCACUAUGGACUUGCUCCACAUCGAGGACUCGCCCAGUUUCUGUAGACCCAGCAAGUACUCGUCGGGCACGGCGGCCCGCAAGUGCUACAAGGACAAGAACUGCGACGCUAUCUGCUGCGGGCGAGGCCACAACACUCAAAGUAGAGAGGUGACCCGGCCCUGCCAGUGCCAGGUGCGCUGGUGCUGCUACGUCGAAUGCAAGCAGUGCACACAGAGAGAAGAGGUCUAUACCUGCAAAGGGUAAACCCUGUCAGCCCCUGCGGUCAGUGGAGCAAGUGAAAGAUGGUUGUGUUGAAGAGGAGUGGCUGUUAUGUUCUCAAAUAAGGUUUUGCUUCCACUGUCGGAACAGUGUUCUGCAAACAAAAGAGGAGUGAGCCGAUGGAGAAGCAAUAAGCACUUUGAGGGAUUUCUGUGGGUUGGGUUUCAGAGGUCCUGUGGCCCCUGUGUGUGUCUGGGGUUUGCAGAUCCAUAAAAACCUUCUCAGACAACUGGGUCAACAUCUCAAGCCUUUUUCUUGUCUUUUUUUUUUUUUUAUCACGGCUUUGCCUUGAAGAGAGAAGCUUUUAUUUUCCUAUUCAAAAAUCAAAUUUUUUCACAAGAGAUUAGCGUCCAGUCAAUAAGGAUCCAACACAAGGACAGUAACACCAACAGACUGGUUUCUGGGGUCUAUCCCAAAGAAGAAUGGUGUGUGUGUGUGUUUGUCAAUCUUUACAUGUGUGUGCUUGUACGUGAGCAUGUGGUAGAUAGUUGGGGGGGUGGGGGUUUCAAAUGACGACUUUUAUGGCAAUGAAAACCAUAUUCAGAGACUGCUAAAAAAAAAAAAAAGACAGGGUGUAAGAUUUACUCUACACGCACAUAUUUACACUCACACACAUUGUGUGUUUGCAUAUGUAUGUAAAUAAAUUCAGUUAUAUUGUAAUGAUAUUAUACAAGCCACUUAUCUAACUAUGUUAAAACAAACCACUAACCACACAAAUGUUUUGUUGUUUGUGUGCUCGCGCUCCUUUUUCUUCUUGAUUCAUGUCGACGAGGCCCUUUGGAAAGCAGCACACUUGUGUCCGUUGUCUUGCUGUGGAUAAUUUAUAGAUCCUUUGGGACUACUCCUUCACAGGGAGAAAAAUAAGAUCUCUUUUCUUUAAUAAUAUAAUAUGAAGCUGUUAGUAAAUGCAUUAACAGAAAAUAACUAAACCAGUCAGUUUAGGCUAUUCUCGGCCUUGAGCGAACCAGUGUUCAGGGAAUAACUUCAACCACUAUAACUAGUAUUUGGAUAAAAUAGGAGAGGAAAAGUGCAAAUACAAAUAAUAUCCAAGUUGGAGAUGACAGUGGCCUUGUUAGUACAGCCAACAUCAUUGCAACAGGUGAUCACUUGACCAGCAAACGGUCCACGUGUGACUCACAUCAGAAAUUGUUGAGCUCCGCAGAGCUUAAAUCUAUUUUUUUUUUUGUUUGUUUAACUUUUAAUACUUUGAAGUUGUAAAGAAAACUGUGGAGAACUGGAGGAAUGUAGCCCCCUACCAUUUCACAUCCUUCUUUCCUCUUCAGCUGCCAUGAUUUGAUUGAGCCAUAUUCAACACAUGGAGACGGUCAGUCCAAACAGUAUGGGGCGACCGAGACGGAAAUCUAACUUGACGUGUCUGCAGAGUUGCUCAAGUGAAGAUGAAUGCGCAAGUCUCAUAGCUAAUAUAAAUAUAUUUUAUAAGACUAAUAUUUGUGUAAUGUUCGGCAAAUUGAUGUCUGAAUGCAAACACUGGGGUUUUGCAUGUCAGAAGUCAGUGAAAUUGUUCAAUUGUUGCUCGGCACAACAGUGACACAGUUGACACACACACCCUGCCAUGCAACUACGGUGACAGUUUAAAGGAACAGUUAGACGGUUUGUGAAAUACUCAUUCACUUUCUUCAGUUAUAUGGUUUAUACCGCUCCAAUGUUUGAGGCUACAGCUAGAACAGUUACUUUAGCAUAAAGACUGGAAACACAAGAUAAAACAUGCUAAUCAACAGAGAUGUAGACUCGAGUCACAUAUUUGACGACUUUAAACUCAACUUUAAAAUCAAAUGACAAAAUCAAAAAAGACUUGCGGCCUGACUUGGACUAUGACCCUCAUGAUUUGGACUUUAGCCUUUUGACUUGAAAAUACCUCAUAAUUUCCCCCCAAGCCCAAAGAUUUAAAAGAAACCAACAAAUGAAUUAAUUUCCCAUCAUUUACUGAAUCAACUAAUGCUAGCGCUGUUCAUUCCCAGCAAGUUGAUGCUUGAAUUUCCCACAUUCACUUUGUUUGAGCCAAUCUGACUGUAUCCAAAUCAAGUUGCAGGAAAGAACCACGAGGAACUAACAGUUCUGCAAAGUUGUGGGUCUAAAAUUACAGAUGGAAAUGCAACAACCUCCAAGAAACUUGUUUUAACAAAUAAGUAAAAAAAAAAAAAAAAAAAAGCAUUCAUGAUGAUGAUGAUCAUUACAUUAUGACUUGUUCGGGACUUGACUCAUGAAAUUUAGAGCUUGGGACUUCCCAGUCUUGACUUUGGACUUGCCACUCUUAACCAGUGAGAUUUAAGGCCCAGACACACACCAAACCGUCGCCUCACGUUGCCUGUGUCUCGGCCAAAAAGUUGCACAUGGACACUUUGCAAAGACUAAAGCCAACGGCCAACUGGCAUGUAUGUUCUGCACCUACUUGAGAGGAAGUAACUCUCCAUACCAGCAGACGUCUGUGGUCUGUAUUCCUCAUUGAAAAGGGGAGCUGGAAGACCGUCUUAUGCUAGUUAGCUAGUUAGCACAUUAACAAUGCAAUCUAAGCAUAUUUACCGCGUGCAAGUGAACAAUAACAGCAACAUAACAGUGGCUAAGGAAAAAUAAUCUUACUUUAUUUAACAAGUUUGAUUUGGUCUCACUCCCCUGACUUAAGCUGUUUUUUUUGUUUGUUUGUUUUUUUUUUUAACUUUCCUGAAUUCUGUUUCUACUCUUGUGCGCUAAGCUGAACUGCCAAUCAGAGUGAUUUCACUCCAUCGUCGCUGAUUUGGCUAAAUAAAAACCUGAUAGGGGCCGACAAGGGGCAAAAGCGCGGGACACGCCACACCGAUGAAGGCAGCAGACGCUCACCAACAUCUACUAUGGUGUGUCAGGGCCUUCAGACUUGCAAUCCUAGCUGCUUCCCCGUUUCCGGUAUUUAUGCUAAUCUAACUGGCUGCUGGUUGUAGUUUCAUAUUUACCCGACAGAUAUGGGAGUGGUACUGAUCUUCUCAUCCAACUCUUGGCAAGAAAGUGAAUAAGCCCAUUGCCCAAAAUGUCAAACUUUUACUUUGAGACAUAACCGUGAAAUCAAAGGUUUAAUUUUCUGACAAAUGCCUCUGAACACACAAACAAUGCAGACAAUCAUAUUUCAUCGUAUUCUCAGCUCGUAGCCUCUGGGAACAUUAUGUUAUAUACUAUAAGAUAUGCCUUGUUUUAGAUGGGUGUGAAUUAACUACUGAGUGAGGGACCCAGCUUUGUAUUAUAGCGCCAUUCACGCACUGAAGCCCAAAAGCCCUUUAAAGUAUUUUAAGAUCUGUAUUUAUGGAUACAGUGCAGUGCAGAUUUUUUUUCUAAUAAAUUGUAAAUAGCAAAGGUUUCUUCUCCUGUGGUAUAGAGACAAAAGUGAGGCACAUGUUCAACUCUCACAAGCAACUGAAACAGAAAUUGGUAGCAGUACGAAACGCAAGAGACAUUUGUAGAAACAGCGCACAGCUGUUGAACAAGACGGUUACAGAUUGUAAUCAGCGAUGCAGCACCAUGCCAGACGUCCUUAAAAGUGGCUUUUACCUUUUAACAGAUGGUUUAUACUUCAAAGAUGAUUAUCACUAUAUUUGAAAUUAAAGCACCGUCCUCGACAGCAGUAUCAUGCUUUAGGAGGGGAGCCUCGCAUGGGUUAUUUGUCCUGAGGAGAUGAAUUCCAAGCAUUUUGAUAUGAGAAGGCAUGCCAAAUAAAGACUGGUCAAAACAUAUACAUAGAACUUUGCACGCUACAUGGAAACCAUAAUAGCUAUGCUGAGACCUGAAGCAUAAAUGCCUGCUUCCCACAGCUUUUGGUGUGUGCGUUCUCCACACACACACACACACACACACACACACACACACACACACACACACACACACACACACACACACACUCCUCGGCCCAAACUCACUGAGGUUCUCUACUAUUGAGUAGAUUCAAAACAGGCAUGACAGGAAUACCAAAUGCACAGCGAGUGCAUUUUUGUUUGUUUAUAGAUUGUACAUAGGCCUAAAAAUUUCUCCCAAGACGGAGGAGCAUGAUGCAGCAGCCAGUCGGUUUUCAGAUGUCACAGUCAGUCCAUAUUUUCAAAUCCAAAACUCUGCACUGUUUAGUCGUCAGUGGAUCAUGUACAAAAUUCUGUUUUGUAGAAAAAAAAUAAAAGAUAAAUUAUUUUUAAAUAUAUUAUGAGCAUGUGUUUAGUGUAAAUAACGUCAAAGUCUAAAUUGAUUUUAUAUCCUGUAUUUUUUACUCUGUUUUUUUCUUUUGGGUGUUUGUUCCUUUUUUGGGGUGGAGGCUUCGAGAAGCAGUGUAUACUUUAAGCAUAUUUCAUUUCAUAUCUCACAGUUCGCUGUUAUCUAAGCACUAACAAAUCCUAACAAAUUUAGAAUCAACUCACCUUUAGCUGUCUUUUACUCAUGUGCACGAUCAUGACACAUUUUUGCGAGUAUUCAAACAAAAUCACAGUCAUCAACCAUAUUUUUUUUAUAGGAUUUGAUCUGUUUGUAUAAUCGACUCUUUCUGUGAAAAGACUUUGUAAUGUUGGUUAUCACCAUAUGAUGCGGUAUAAACUCAUGAUUGCAUCAGCGUGGUCUAGUUUAUACUCUUUGGAUCACUUUACAUGUACAUGUACUUUUUGUUAGGAUUUGUGCUGUGCUUGUAAAACAAAGACAAAACACAUCAACCAUGUAUUGCCCUUUGUGAUGAUAUUACACCAACAAAGCUUUGUCCAUGUUCACUUAUUCAUGUCUUAUGGGAACCCUAAAUUAUUUUCCUCUACCUCAUGUGUAUAGCUUGUAGGUAUAAACAGAUCACAAAUGACUGGUAAGAAUGUAUUUAAGUUAUUUAACAUCUUUGUAUAACAAAGGCGAAA